AAAAACAAAAGGAAAAAUCGCUCAAAGUGUGUGUUUGUGAAGAAAUAAGAAAAGCAACUAAAAAUUUCGCUCUAUGCUCAAAAUGAAUUUUAUGAGCAUUAAAACAAAGUUCAAAAUUAUCAACCAACAACAAAAACCAAAACAAAGUGAAAAGCAACAGCAACAAAAAUAAUCGAACUGAAACAACAACACUUGGAUUUAACGCAUUUUGGAUAAAUAACAAUACGAAGGCGAUACCAAAAAUAUACAUACAUAUAUUUAAAAAUAAAAAACUUUAGAAAAUAUCAAGCAGAUAAAUAAAAAGUUGUACCACGUGAAAGACUUUUGUAAAAACAGGGGAAACAUGGAAACCACAACAACAACAACACACACAAAGCUGCAGCUGGAGGAGGAUGAGGAGGAGCCUCAAGCGACAACAACAACAACCACAGCAGCACAGACGACGACGUCGACGUCGACAGCGUCUAUCAUCAUUGACAUUCCAACGACUCCUGCAACGUGCAACUUGUCCUAUGACACGGAUUGCAGCACGGCAAGCAGCACCUGCUGCACCCGCCAGGGGGAGCACAUUUACAUGCAACAUGCCCCAACAACAACAACAUCAGCAGCAGCAGCAGCAGCAACAGCGGUAGCAACAACAACAACAACAAUUGCAUCCACAUCCGGCGUCUGUAAUCUGCAGACUUUGGACUCGGAUGAGUUGACAAUGCUCAAGUUCGAGCAUCGCAAGCAUUGGCCAUGGUUCAUACUCUUGAUCUCCGUCAUUGAGAUUGCAAUCUUUGCCUAUGACCGUUAUACAAUGCCCGCCCAGAACUUUGGCCUGCUGGUGCCCAUUCCGAGUGAUUCGGUGCUCGUCUAUCGACCCGAUCGUCGUCUACAAGUCUGGCGUUUCUUUAGCUAUAUGUUCCUGCAUGCGAACUGGUUCCAUUUGGGAUUCAAUAUCAUCAUCCAGCUGUUCUUUGGCAUCCCACUCGAAGUGAUGCACGGCACGGCGAGAAUUGGAGUCAUCUAUUUGGCUGGCGUCUUUGCGGGCUCCCUCGGCACCAGCGUCGUGGACUCCGAAGUGUUCCUUGUGGGCGCCAGUGGCGGUGUUUAUGCCCUGUUGGCGGCCCACUUGGCCAACAUCACACUCAACUAUGCGCACAUGAAGUCCGCAUCCACGCAGCUGGGCUCCGUGGUCAUUUUUGUAUCUUGCGACCUGGGUUAUGCUCUCUAUACGCAAUAUUUUGAUGGAGCUGCCUCGUCGUCAUUUGCCAAGGGUCCUCAGGUGUCAUAUAUUGCGCAUCUGACGGGCGCCUUGGCUGGUUUGACCAUUGGCUUCCUGGUGCUCAAGAAUUUUGGACAUCGCGAGUACGAACAGCUGAUUUGGUGGCUGGCGCUGGGCGUCUAUUGUGCAUUCACCGUGUUCGCGAUUGCCUUCAAUCUGAUAAACACGGUCACCGCACAGCUGAUGGAGGAGCAGGGCGAGGUGAUCACACAACAUUUGCUGCACGACUUGGGCGUGUCCUAAGCAACAAAGCAGUGCAUAGUUAAAUCAAUGAAGUACUCAAAAUAUUUAACCAGGAGAGAAACAUAGACAUAUACAAAAAAAGAAAAGAAAAAACAAAAAACAAGAGAAGUAAAAAGAAAAAGAGAUAUAAAAAAGAAGUAGAGAUACAAAAAGUUCACUCGAAUGUUUUUAGUUCAAAACUAAAUUCGAAAUUCGUUCGGCUUCAGUUUUCGUUCCGUUCCGUUCUGUUCUGUUCCGUUAUCGUAAGCGCGUUUCAUUUUCAACAUUUCACGCAAACAAAACAGAACAACAACAGCAACAACAACAAAGUAAACUACUCAAAAAGAACGGGCCGAAACGUGUAAACAAAUGUUGUGAUAGAACCAAAGACUGAAUUUAUUUUGCGUGUAAAUCCCCUACCCCCCAACCCCCCAAUUCAACCCCUGCCCCUAGUCCCAUCCCCUACAGUCUAUAAAAUGAAAAUGUAAACUAUAAUUAAUCGCCUCUCGCUAUGAUUUCCUAUACCAUUGUUUAUAAUUUUUAUGUUUUUCGUUUUAAUUAUGUAUUUAUUGGCACCGUUUAGUUUGUCCAUUUAACUUAUUGAUAGGAUUUGCGAUUAAAGCCUAAUGAAUUUGAUCCGA